AUGGCGAAGAACACGGGCCUUUCAAAGCUCGAGGACAGACUCGCAGCAAUCCUCGCUGAUCGAGAGACACGCUCACAACGCCGUCGCCUCAGCACCUUCCCACCUCACAGCGUCGACUUCUCCUCGAAUUCUUAUCUGUCGUUGUCGCUGACUCCAGAGAUCCGACAGACCUACCUCGAGCUUCUGAAAUCAGUCCCUGACAGCACUCCGUUGUUCGGAUCGGGAGGCUCCCGGCUGCUCGACGGCAACAGUCCCCUGAGCGAGGACCUCGAGCGAGAGGUAGCAGCGUUCCACGGAGCACCGACCGGGCUGCUCUUCAACUCGGGCUUUGAUGCGAACGCAGGACUGUUCGCAUGCCUCACUCAGCCGGGCGAUGUGGUGGUGUACGACGAGCUGGCUCAUGCCAGCAUGCACGACGGCAUGCGAGCGAGUCGAGCCGCGCUGUGCGUGCCCUUCAGGCACAACUGUGUUUACCCGGAGCAAGUCCAGCGAUGCCAGGAUUCGACUACAUCCAAGAGGAAAGAUGGUCCAAAGAGCCUGAGAGAGACGCUGCACCAGCUCCUAGGCAGUGACGACGAACCUCUCUCAGCAGCACUAAGAAGCGGGGAGCGCAACGUCUUCAUCGCUGUCGAGGGCGUGUACAGCAUGGACGGCGACGUCGCACCGCUCAAGGACAUCGUUGCGUGUAUCGAACACCGUCUCCCGCGUGGCAACGGGUACCUGAUAGUCGACGAGGCACACUCGACAGGUAUCUUUGGGGAUCAGGGCCGGGGCUUGGUCUGCGAGCUCGGGCUGGAGGACAAAGUCUUCCUACGGCUGCACACUUUCGGGAAGGCGAUGGGAAGUGCCGGUGCAAUCGUGCUCUGCUCGCCCGUGACGCGGGAGUACCUGAUCAACUACGCCAGGACACUCGUGUACACGACCGCACUGCCGACCAGCUGCCUCGCCAGCAUCAAAGUCACAUACGCAUUCCUCUCAACCCCCCAGUUCGACGAUGUGCGGCAGAAGCUGCGAUGGCUGAUGCGCUAUACCCACAGCGUCCUCGUCGCCAUCUGUGCGAGGCACACCACUCAAGACGACCAGCCCACGUCGUCGGACCGACUGCUGAUACGUGUAAAUCCCACGCCGCCGACAUCGCCCAUCAUCCCGCUCCUGACGUCCCAACCCCGCAGCCUGGCCGCCUUCUGCCAGCAGAGGGGCCUGGUCGUGCGGCCCAUCGUGGCGCCCACGGUGCCCGAGGGUUCCGAACGGGUCCGGAUUUGCCUGCACGCGGCCAACACAAAAGAGCAGGUCGACCGGCUCGGGCAGGCGAUCGAGGAGUGGGGAGUCACGACGUCGCGGGCGGCUGCGAGCGGCCGCCCGCGGGACAAGGCCGCUGGUCCGAGCGCGGCUCAACAGUUUCUUAAACCGAGCCUGUAA